AUGAAAGAUGCUUUUUUGUCUGAUUCAAUGAAUGUACUAAUAAAGGAAACUAACAUUUAAUUAACUAGUCAAUCCGCCUUAUAUGAUCAGAGAUUGAAAACAAUAAUUAAUCAGAUUUUCAGAAAACAAAGGAUGUUCUAAAACAUAUAUUUAUUUGUUGAUGUUAAUGAACAGAUAAUUCAAACUUAAACUCCAUUUUAUUGUCCUCCUAACAUUUCAUAAGCAGAAUCUAAAUCUUUCUUUUGCCUCAUGGCAUAUUAAUAUGAUUUAACUAAUUAUACAAAUCUAUAAACUGAAAUCAAAAAGUAAUUUUAGGUCAUUUCGAUAUUUCAUGAAACCCUACCAAUGUUUGACCAAUCUCAAUUCAUAGCAACUGGUAUAGCUUAUACAACAAAUGAUCAGGUUCCUAUUUUAGGCACUUGGCCAGCCUUGAAUUCAACUUUAUCAUAUAAUGCUCAUUAGCGAUCUUGGUAUUUAAGUCACUUAAAACAAAUGGGAAAUGGUAAAUAAUACCUCUUUAGUGAUUUAUUUACUACCAUUCUUGGCUCAUACACCAUUGCAAUAUCUCAAAACAUUACUAAUAAACACAAUAAUUUUGAAGGUGUUGUCUUUAAUUUGAUGGAUUUCGGAGUCUUUAAAAAAAACUUUAAUGCUGAUUACAUCUUAGCUAAUAAUAAAGGUUAGAUUAUCAUAGGAUAAUUUAAUUACCCUGAGAAUACUACCAAACCUGUAUUUUUUUUUAAUGACUCAAUUACUGGGUUCAAUCAAAUUGAUUGGGAAUCGAUAUCCACAUUAAUUGAUGGCAAAUCGAAUAAAGUUGAUUUCAAAUCUCUCAAUAAUUGCUCUUUAGAUGUCUCAAAUUAUUUAUGUAGAUAUAAUUCACUGUAUCGCUAAGAAGUCCUUUUAAUUGCAAAAUAGCUUGAGUAUCCUCCUUAUCCUCCACAUAUUGUCAUCAUAUUCAAGAACAUAACUGAACUUUACCAAUAAGUAGAUUUACUCAAUUAGGACAUAUAUGAGUUAUUUGCUUGGGAGAUUCAGAGAAAUAUGCAAAUUUUAGCUUUACUUGCAAUUGGAAUUAUUCUACUGUUUUUAAUUAUCUUAAAUUACAUCACUAAAUCUUUAGGCCUAUUGAUCAAAUAUUCAAAAUUUUAAUAGAAUAAUCUAUAAUAUUUGAAGGCACACUAGGAAAUGAAUCAAUAAAUCGAAGCCAUCACUAAUUUGUAUAACUUUAAAUAAAACUAAUAAUUGUACAAACUAUCUGAAAAUGCAUUAGAUCAAUUGAAUAUGCAAUAUUUUCAAUUGCUUUCAAAAUUGAAGGGCUAGCAAGGUGAAGUAAAAAAAUCUGAAGAAUGUCUCCAAAUGGAGUAAACAUAAUAUCCUAUGACUACAUAAUACUUAAAGUUUUAGAAAACAUAUUAUUUGCAUGAUUACCAAGCUAAUAUUGAAGACAACACUGUUAAUCAGCUUAUAUAUUAUUUUUUAAUUAAAAAGUAGAAAUGA